CCCUUCUCUUCACCAAAAACAACAAACACACAUUUCCCAUAUAACUUCAACCACCACACCAAUCACCCAAACACAACCCACCCCCCCCAAAAUCAAAAUGUCCACCCCCGAAGCAGGCAACACCCUCUCCAUCCCGGCCUACACCCCCGACGCGGACUCUGCCCUCCAAGAAAUCACCUGGUCCCAAUCCCUCCGCACCAAGAAAGCCAACUACUACAUCGUCAAAGCCAAAAACAUCACCCAAAACCAAGCCGACGUCCUCCUCUACAUCCAAGACACCUUCUACAAGGACGAGUCCAGCCCCACUCACCUGAGCAAGCUCCCCGAUGCCAAAAAAGAAGGCGACAAUUUCAUCCUCCCCAUCAACGACAGAUUCCAAUACGGCCAAAAGAACGCCCAAGGCGAGAACCGCUGGCUCGUCCUCCACGACAAGGACAACAAGCUCUACCAGCACCGCUUCAUCGUCGCAACCGUGCAGGGCCAUGCCGCCGAGUGGGCCAAGACGCUGGCCAACUCGUUCGGCGCCGGCGAGCUCGCCUCUCAGGUUACCAGCAUCGGCAAGAGCUUUGUCGGUCACUACCUGCACACCUUUUAAGGUUGAUGAUCUCAAACUGUCUCGCUGAGGAGAGUCUGGGGGUGUUUCAAUCUCUCAUGGGCGCGCCACAAGGAAGGAACUGAUAUGGUCUACUUUGAAAAAGAAACACACAAAAAAAAGAAAAAAAAAAGAAACUGAUAUGGUCAACUCUGGAGAAGGAUGAAGAAAGAAGAGAAUG